UACAGCAGCCUUGUUCAGGUUAAGAUAAAACAAAAUGGCUCUUUUGAACUUGAGUCUAGCAAAGGGCUCGAGUGCGAACUAGGUGCGCAUUAAGAGAUUAACAGGGCUGCAUUGCGGUCAGCAUUAUGCAAUAGAAACAGAUCCUGAUCCAAUGGCUGACUCUCACCCCAAAAUAAAACCAAUUCUCGGGGAAAUUUCCUUCCCUUCGGAGAUCAACCCAAUGGUCUGUUAGUACACAAUUCAAGGAAGAAAGCUAAUCGUACACGUGAAAUACGUACAGUGCAGCCUAUGAAAUAUUCAUGGCUCAAUCAGGUUUAUGAGCGGCAGGUUGUAACGAUCGAUAUCCAGCCUUGUUUUUCGGUUUAGGCGGUCAAGAUCAAAAUGACCGAGCUGGAUCUCCGUUCCCUGAAGAUUGUUUUGGUUGGAGAAGGAGUUGGCAAGACUUCCAUUUUAGACACGUUUAUCGAAAGGAAAUUGAAUCUGAAGGAGUUACCUCGAGUCUAUGAUAACCAUGUGGAGAUGUUAUUGGACCCGCAUCAACCCGUUCGAUAUCUUCUCGAUUUGUGGGAUACUAGUGCUCACCCGGGCUUCGAUCGAAUCCGACCACUGACUUAUAGUAACGUGACGGUGUUUAUGAUGCUAUUUUCAAUUGAAGAUCGAGAAUCCUUGGAGAGCGUGUCAACUCGUUGGUUCAAGGAGAUCCACACUUUUAACGAGGCGAUCCCAUUUUAUUUAGUGGGACCAAGAUCAAUCUUCGAACAGAUCACUCGAUUCAGACGGAAGAGGGCGAAGAAAUGGCCCGCAUUCUUGUAGCAGCAAAGCAUUUUGAGUAUUCUACUUUAAAUAAUUCGGAAUUAAAGCACUUAUUUUUGAGCGUA